GCUUCUCUGCCUCUGCUCUCCUGGCUCAGGCCCAGCAUCCAGAGAUGCUCUGGCCUCUCCAGUGGCUUCAGCAGCACAGAUUUCUCCUGCACCGCCCUGGGAGUCAUCCCAACUGCAGGAUCUGUGUUCAGACUCCUGGCCAGGACAAUACUGAAGUCUUCAGACAGUCAAGGCACUUUGCAGCCUCUCAGGAACCCCUCCAACAGGAAGCGCCCAAGAGGACAGUUGUAUGUGGUGACAUCCAGCAUGCUUCUGUGACCAGGAAUCCUGGAAGACGUCCUGCAGGAGGAGGGCUGCAAGCAGAUUUUUCUGCCAGGGGUCCCUGGAUGAACUGUCCUGGGGAACACAAACCAUAUUCCAAGUCCAGGGUUAUUGUUGAAGUCAGGGGUCUUGGAGCAGGAGUGGCCAGAACCCAAGAUGAAGGGCCUCCUCACACUGGCUUGGUUCCUGGCUUGCAGUGUGCCUGCAGUGCCAGGGGGCUUGCUAGAACUGAAGUCCAUGAUUGAGGAAGUGACUGGGAUGGAUCCAAUAAUCAACUAUAGCUUCUAUGGCUGCUACUGUGGCUGGGGCGGCGGAGGGACCCCCAAGGAUGGUACUGAUUGGUGCUGUUGGAUGCAUGACCGCUGUUAUGGGGAGCUGGAGGAGAAAGACUGUGGCAUCCGGACCCAGUCCUACGACUACAGAUUCACACAGGGCAUGGUUGUCUGCGGCUACGGGUCCUUCUGUCAGACGAGGCUGUGUGCCUGUGAUCGGAAGCUGGUCUACUGCCUGAGGAGAAACCUCUGGAGCUACAAUCCUUAUUACCAGUUUUACCCCAACUUCCUCUGCUAAUGUUCUGUGUGGGCCCUCCUACACUGGAGGGCCCCCUGCUGUAUUCCUGAUCCACGCCCUAGAGCCCUCAGGGCUACACUCUGUCCUCCACAGUCCUAGAGAGGUACUCUGAUCCAAGUUUGGCAAACUCCCAGGAUGGCUGAACCUGCACUUGUCAAGUUGGCUCUGGGCCCAGGAGUUCCCCCAGCUCCAGGCCAAUGCCGUGUUGACUUUUCUUUCGAUUUCUGGAACUGAACUGUCAUUAUCACCCUCAAGAGACCUUUUACUGGAGUAGAAGGCAAAUUAACUCUAUAAAUCUGCUAUGUAGAUAUUAAAUAAAACCAAUUCUCAAGGCUAGUAAACACCCCCAGCAUUUCCUCUGAUGGGGGCUGGGGUAGGAUUGCCUAAGCCUUUCUUACACCCAAGGCACCUGUAUGCCCUCAGGGAUGGAGGUGGGAACAGGUGGGAGCCUUCUUAGAUGUCUUUCAUGUUUCGUCUGAGUUCAUCUUCUUAAACCUUGGCAUCCUUCAAGCCAGAACUGGGGCUCACGCUUUUUCUAGAGGAAGUUGAGACACGGUCUUGUGCCCCCUUGGUCCCCUGGCUAGAGAGGGCAGCAUCCAGCCCCCAGCCCUGGCUUCUGUGGCUGUGUGCUCUUGAACCUCUGGAUAGUCUGAACUGCUCUGACUUUCCUCAGCAUAUAAAAUGAGACUCCUUCCAGGAGCACUGUUAGUGCCCACCCCUCAUCACAGUGCCUGCGGGGUGGAGGAGGCAGGAGAGUCAGGGGUUCAAGGUCAGCCUCUGCUCCACAGAAAGUUCGAGGUUAGCCUAGACUACAACAGAGUGUGUCUCAAAGGGAACCAAUUAACUAAUUAAAAUGAGGCUCCUAGUGCUCCCCUGGUGCAGAUACAGGGCUGCAGGGUUCCUGAGGUGUCACUGGGUGGGAAUAAAUGUUUUAAAUAAGACUCAAGGGGCUGGAAGUACAGCUUAAUGGCAGAGGGGCUGCCUGUUUAGUUUUCAACAAGUUAAGGGCACUGAAAAUCCCAAGUCAUCUAUCGCCUUGUGAAAGAUAGAGCUUUCUCAUACCAAUAUGACAGGAAGAAGAGAUUCGCUCAACCCCAAAGGGGGGUCUCUUCACUCACAUCUCCAAAAUCUGUGCAGCACACAUGAGGUCUCUAUUCAGAGAACUCCAGUGUUCGAACAUUUUCUAAAUAAAGUCAAUUAUAUGAGACCA